AUGAUUUUGAGAAUUAGGUCUAAGGAAGGUAUGCAAAGAGUUUCCUGCGAUUCAGGAGACCUUUUUGGUACAGUUGUAGAGAAAAUACUGUCACAUUUAAGUCCAUCUGUAAAUCCUGCUACUAUAACUGUGGGAAGCCAAGAAUCUACCGCAAAUGAGCCUAUAGCUGGUCUGGUUUAUCGUAGUGUAGCAGAUUUGGGAUUAAACCACGGUGACAUUGUAUUUGUCAAAUAUCAAGAGAAAGAAGGUGAGCAACCUAAGGAAGCUGCGUCUGUUAAUAUAAAUACAACUGAAAACGUUAAGGCCUCUAUUGCACCUCCUGCAAAAGAAUUGCAAUUAGAUCAGGAAUUAGAAAAGGAAGAAGGUUUGAUACCAAGAAAGAAAUCCUCACUUUGUAGACAUGGUGACAACGGUAUGUGUGAAUACUGUUCCCCUUUACCACCUUGGGAUAAGCAGUAUCACGAGGAUCGUAAUAUCAAACACAUUUCAUUCCAUUCGCAUUUGAAACAGUUAAACGAAAGUACUAAUAAGGCUACCGGUGGAUCAUAUAUCGCCCCCUUAUCACAACCAGAUUUUAGGAUUAACAAACGCUGCAUCAAUGGACAUGAACCAUGGCCUCGUGGUAUAUGUUCUAAGUGCCAGCCUUCUGCAAUUACUUUGCAACAACAGAAUUUCAGAAUGGUAGACCAUGUCGAGUUCCAAAAAAGUGCAUUGAUCAAUGAAUUUAUUGAAUGUUGGAGAUAUACGGGAACUCAAAGGUUUGGUUACAUGUAUGGUACCUAUCAAAGGUACGAUGCCACACCUUUAGGUGUCAAAGCUGUUGUCGAGGCUAUUUAUGAACCCCCUCAACAUGAUGAACAAGAUGGGUUAACCAUGGAUAUGGAACAAGUGAAAGAGGAGAUGUCUAAAGUGGAUCAAUUAGCCGAAACUUUCGGCCUAUUUCCUGUAGGAUUGAUUUUUACGGAUUUGAACGAUUGUGGUGCUGGUGAUGGUUCCGUUUUUUGUAAAAGACAUAAAGAUUCGUUUUUCCUUUCGUCUUUGGAAGUUUCAAUGGCGGCUAGGCAUCAAUUAUCACAUCCAAACGUUUCCAAAUUUAGCGAACAGGGUCAUUAUUCAUCAAAAUUUGUCACUUGUGUGAUUUCAGGUAAUUUACAAAACGAAAUCGAUAUUGCAUCUUACCAAGUGUCCACAAGUGCUGAGGCACUUGUAGAUGCCGAUAUGAUUACUGGAUCAACGCAUCCAUCAAUGGCUUUUAUUAAUGAAACAACGUCCGAAAGAUAUGUGCCAGAGAUUUUCUACAUGAAAAGGAACGAAUACGGGCUAACUAUCAAGGAAAAUGCUAAACCGGCAUUUCCAGUUGAUUAUUUGCUUCUUUCAUUGACUCAUGGGUUCCCCCUAGAAUCAUCUGAAAGAAAACCAUUGUUUGCCACAACUGCUGAUUUCCCAUGGGCUAACAGGCAAGCGAUGGGGUUGUCACAGGACCACCACGAAUUGAAAAGAUAUCUUUAUGGUGCCGCAACAAGUGGAGAUUUCAAAGAAUUACAGAGCAAACUUUCUAACUUCCACUUAUUGCUCUAUUUGCAUUCCUUAGAGGUUUUAUCACCAUCCGAAUGGCUUCUGUUGGUAGAUGCUGUUAAAACUGAUGAAGAUGAGAAAUUAUUCGAAUUAAUCUCUACACCUGGUUGGCAAACUUUGGUGAUGAUUCUUCAAGAGAGUUAA